AUAGAUUAGGCACCAUUUGCCAUAACUAAAUAGUUACAUUGUACAUCAAGUAGGAAGAAUUGUUUUAAUUGGUAGUCCACCGCGCUCGGCGGAGAGUUCAUCUUCGUCCAAACCGCCUGAACGCGUUGAAUGCAACGAAGUGUAACGCUUGAAUCUCCCGUCUCAUCCAACAGAUGUGGACACUGCCCGGGAGCUGCCCAGCUGAGGUGAAGGGGAGGGCAGAAGAUCCUAGUUCAGCUUGAGUGUGGAUGACCUGCCCCCAGAAACAGGACCAUGAUCUGAAAAGCGUGCUGUACACAGAGCCCCGUUCUUCCUUUCUUCCUUCUCCCUCUUUUUUUGUUUUUGUUUUUUUCUAUCUUGCUGGUGAAAGCCUCCCUGCCUGGGUGCUUCAAACAGGGUCAGUGUGCACAGCGAGGGCAAACUGAAAGUGAAUAGAGAUUCAAAGAGGAGCAAAAGUAACAGCAGCCAUCCGUGACCUCACAUCUUGUCACUUUCCCCUGAUCCUCCCACUGCAACACCAGAACCAUGGGGAGGAAAAAGAUCCAGAUUCAGAGGAUCACUGACGAACGCAACAAACAGGUGACGUUCACCAAGAGGAAGUUUGGUUUGAUGAAGAAGGCCUACGAGCUGAGCGUCCUGUGCGACUGCGAGAUCGCUCUCAUCAUCUUUAACCACUCCAACAAGCUGUUCCAGUAUGCCAGCACUGACAUGGACAAGGUCUUGCUGAAGUACACCGAGUACAACGAGCCACACGAGAGCCGGACUAACGCUGACAUUAUCGAGGCUCUGAACAAGAAAGAGCACCGGGACUCUGAGAGCCCAGACCCCGAGGAGCCCUUCUCCCUCACCCCCCGCACUGAAGAGAAAUACAAAAAAAUUGACGAGGAGUUUGAUAAAAUGAUGCAGAACUAUAGGCUGUCAUCUACAGUCCCACAGCCCACCUUCUCCAUGCCAGUCACCGUGCCAGUAUCCAACCAGAACGCAGCGGCAGCGGCGGCCCUUCAGUUCAGUAACAACCCUUCCGGCGCCCUGGUCACCACCACCUCCUUUGUCACCUCCACCCUCACAGAUCCCCGGCUCCUUUCCCCACAGCAACCCGCUCUGCAGAGAAACACCGUGUCGCCAGGGUUACCACAGCGACCAGCCAGUGCAGGUGCUCUGUUAGGGGGAGACUUGGGGAACUCUAAUGGAGCGUGCCCGAGUCCAGUCCCUAAUGGCUACAUCAGUGCCAGGGCCUCCCCAGGCCUCCUCUCUGUAUCCAAUGGCAACAGCCUGGGGAAAGUAGUCCCGGCUAAGUCUCCACCUCCACCCAGCCCUCAGAUGGUCAACAGCCGUAAGCCGGACCUGAGGGUCAUCACCUCACAGAGUGGCAAGAGCCUCAUGCAGCUGACUGAGGAAGAGCUGGAGUUGGUGAGUGAGAAUGCUCAACGGCUAGGCGGCUCCCAGGUGGCACAGCCACUCACCACACCAGUGGUCUCCGUGGCAACACCCAGUCUCCUAGCGCCCUUCUCCGGCAUGCAGACGGCCUACAACACUGAGUACCAGCUGACGAGCGCAGAUCUCACAGCGCUCCAGACGUUCACGCCACCGGGGCUGGUGCCUGGCAACAUGGCUGCUUGGCAACAGCAACAGCAACCAGCAGUCUCUCAGCAGCAACAACAGCAACAACAGCAACAGCAACAGCAACUGAGCUUGGCAUCACUCAGCAACUUGGUCAUGUGGGGUGCAGAGAAACAGAAUGCGGAGAUGGUUAACUGCAUCUCCAAUUUUGCUGCUAACCUGAGGCAAGUGGGAGUACAGGGUGCCGCGCUGACAGUCAACACAAACCCCAACGUCAAUAUCAAGUCCGAACCCGUCUCACCAAACCGUGACCGCAGCACUCCCAGCUCCACCAGUGGGAUGGCUGGAGGUGGAGUGGGCCAGAGUCAACUCCAGGGACAAGGUCUGGUGUCCAUCGCCUACCCUGGUACUCUGCGUCUUGAAGCGGGAGGCCAAGGCCGCUCACCUGUUGACAGUCUCAGCAGCAACGGCAGCUCUUAUGAAGGCAGCGACCGAGACGAUGGCACCCAGGGUCGAGGCGGGGGUCUGGAUUUUCACCACCAGGUCGGCGCUGGAGCCCAGCAGCCCACCAUGGUCCUUCUGCGGCCCUCAUCAGCAGAGCCUCAAGAACAGGAUGGGACCAACGUCAAGAGAAUGAGACUGGACACCUGGGUCACAUAAACGGAUCGAUGGACAGAUGGAGGAUGGAGAUGUGUACUUGUGGAUUGUGUACAUGCCCCACCAGCUCCAGCAGCCCCAAUAUCCACAUUGCAUACGCACAGACAAAAUCCACCCACCACCAACCCAGUAACCUGCUGUCUACACAGUAAACCUCACAUGGAUACAUACACAACACAAGCAUGCUAGCAUACUCGCACAUGUGGACACUCACUCGUAUGGCAAUGUGCAUUCACGUUUGAACUGUAAUGUAUUCUCACUGACAUACACCAAACCCAACAAGACCAGGAAUUAUUUAUCAAAAAAAAGACCAUGCUGCACAUCAUUCAGCUGGAUUCGAAUAGAAGUGAAUGAGUUUGUAAUCAGGCUACAGUGGUUAGGAACUGUGGCCUGAUUAAAUUUGGCCACAUGGACUUCUUGACAGUUUCUGGAAAAGCAGACAAGCCAGACUUGGCUUCCCAGCAUGCCCCUGCCAUGAUUCACGGCUGGUGGCAAUCUCUCACCUUCAUAUCUUUAUUGUCUGGUUAUCCACAGUAGGUUUUGAUCAAAUAUGACAGCGCUGUAUUAAAACGGUGCCACCAAACGAGUCCACAUCGAUGUACACAUCCGCCCAUCCACAGUUGUAUUGCUAUCACUCUAGAUUUUUGUUUGUUUUCUAAGAGGAGCAGCUGUGCUCUUUUUUUUUUUUUUUUUUUUUUUUUUCUUUUUUUUAAAGCGUGGAGUUUUGUCCCUCUGUCUUGACUGUUGACAUUUAGAGUUUGGAUUCAUUUUCAAUAUGAAGACACUAAAAGAAUAACUUGCCUCCCUUCUCAGUCAAGUCGGCGGCUCUGUCAACAUGGCCGGCAUUGGGUCCUGUACAAGAAUGGCGACCACCAGGGGUCUUUAUUUAAUCAGAACCACGCAGACCAGCUGUAAAACGAGGAACGUGAUUUGUUGCCGAGGUAAAAGACUGCUUUUCUUUGAAUCAGGGACGAGCUGCCACAGCUCAACGACACAUGACGCAGAUUCUCCUCGUUUCGCCCACAUCGUGUCAACUACAGAUGCUGAGCAAGGUGUGUGUUUGGUUUGUGUGUGUGUGUGUGCGCGUGUGUGUGUAUACGGGUUUGUUACCUCAACUGGUUGUGUUUUCUUUUUUGCUUUUUUCUUUUUUUUUUUUUUUUUUAAACCAAGUGAAUUUGGAUAAAUCUUCACUUUCAAUUUCAUCCUUGAACACACACCUGCAACGCACACAGGUGAAAUUAUUUUUGUGAGCAAUUCAUGUUUUGAAUAGAUAGCUGAUGUUCAAAGAGGAGAAUCGUGAGGUACCAUGUAUAUAAGCAAUCUGUAACCUUUGUGGCUUUUGUGUGACAGGGAUAAGGUUUUUUUUUUUCUUUUGAAGGUUAAAAAAAUAAAUCAUAUUCAAGUAUAUAUUUAAACAGCUUCAGGCGGUAGCAAGGGCAGCUCUGCAUUUGGGGCAAGAGACUACACCAGACGACAGGGAUUGUAUAUAUAGACUAUAUAUUCGGCAGGAUAUCCCUUAAGGAAGUGGAAAAAAACAAACAAACAUUGAUUCUCAGUGGAUCUGUCUCUUUUAUAUUAUUAUUAUUUAUGUGUGUAUAUAAAGUGUAAUAUGUGGACGAGCCCAGAGAGGGUGUUGUAGAGGCAAGAAGGGAAGACGUAGCCGUGGUGACUCGGACUGUUUAGAGUGAGCAAUGAUUAGGACUCUGUCGCUGAUGGAGGGCACUUUACCUUAACUCCCACCUCUGACACGCACGCACAGCGCGCACACACUAGAGUUAGACUGAUGUAUUUGGCUGGAUAACAACCUAAAAAUGGCAGGUACAUGUAACAUAUUGCAAUUUUUAUUUAUUUCUCAAAAUUCUCUUUUGAUGUAGUUUAAUUUAAGUAAUUUACAAGCUACAGUAAGGGUCUCAGUGUGGUUGCCUAAUUGGAGUAAUUUAAUUAAUUAAAUUAAUAAUUCAUUAAGUGCAAGAUUCAAUAUAUUAAGUUAAUAAAUUAGUAAAUAAAUUGAAGCAGUUUUUUAAAUGAGACUUGUUAUUCCCAUUUCCAGCUCCAGAUUUUCAAACUUAAAGUUUAUCAGGGUAGCUUUGCAUGACUCACAGUUCAAAUAAAUCCUUGUAUAUCUUUUUUGCAGGCCCUCAGUUUAUCAACUGUGUGAAAGCAGCCUUCCCUCUCCCUUUAAGCCAACUACUUUUUCUUUUCUAUUUGCCUGCCCCUCACAAGAAAAAGACUUGGAAUAGCAGGUAGGUGGCCAUGACCAGUGCUGUGUGUCUCAAAUGACUGCUGCAACUGGCUUUGUAAAGAACCAAGAGUAGAAAACAAAAAUCGAACAUUUAGGGCUGAAAGGAUUGGAUAUGUUUAGUAUGAGCUGCAUACGUUGGAUAGAAAGCAAGGAAAAGGAUGAUAAGUCCAAUUUAAGGAGUUGUUUACAAUUUCUUAUUCAAACAAAAGAGUUAUGCUGUAUAAAAAUUGGAACAGAAAUUUUACUUAUAGCUGUGUAGCACUGUCUACGUCAAAUUUAGUUACUAAUUGUAAAUCUUUCAAAGUCAUUGCUGAUGUAGUUUCAUCUUUCAAACGAAUCUUUUAUGGAAGCAUUUAUUUGAAACCUGCUAAAAACUAAAGAUUAGUAAAAAAAAAUACAAUUCCUAUUGUAUCAUUUAGCUAAAUUAAACUUUUACUGGAAUUUUUCCUCGUGCAGCGACUGCCAGAUAUUGGGUAUUUUGUGCAACUUGAUGCAAAAGAUUAUUAUCCACUACCACCAUAUCAGUCAAACUCUAGAAUACAUACAUAUAGAUAGUUUAUAAUUAAGCAAGCCAAGGAUUUCCCUGAUCCCUCUUUUUUUUUCUUCUCCUUUUAGAGGUUUACCUUUUCCUCCAAUUAAAAGCCAUGUUUCUAUAUUUAAAGGAUCUCUCCUUUGCCUGUCACUGGUUGGCUGCAGUUUUAUAUUAUGGAGAGUUUAAGAAGACUAUGAAGGAAAAGAGAAGUGAAGGAUGUAAUUUUUCUACUCUAUAAAGGUGGCAACGGUUGAUUUAGGGUUUUUUUUUUUCUUUUUAAACGUGGUGGUCAAAAGUGCAAAUUCAUGUAUUUAUUUUUCCUAAAAGCACUCUCAGCCUCCGUCCAUUUGCUUGUUAAAAGCACUGGCAUUUGGGUGUCGUUCGUCGCUAAGCCGGAGGUUUCAGAAUGACUCUUGAUCUUUUAAUGACUACCUCCCAAAUCCAACGCAGACUUGUCGACUUUAGGUUUUACCGCAUCCAGCCACCACAUCCUUCUCAUGGGCAGGCCCUCGUCACCUCUCUCUCACCCCUGUCACUCACUUGGUUGUUUUUUUUUCCCCUCCUCUCUGGAAGCUUAAUCUCACACCCAGACAUACAAACACACGCACACAUUUCAUUACACACUCCUCUUCUGUUUACUCCGUCCAGAUAGCGGGUGUCAGCGCUGAAAUGACGAGUCAAAUUAUUUUGGGGUCAUUUCCAUGAGAAACACAACCACCACCAACCCCCCUCCCAACUCUAUUCGACUUGCAGCUUCAUCUCACACACUACUGCCAUCAUCCGCCCUUCAGUUCAUCAGUGAUUUCUCAUUUCUUUUUUCUCCGUCUGUCACUCACUCACACACAUGCAUGCACACACACACACACAAACACACACACACAUUCAUCCUCUGUGACAAGUCUGAGUGUCAAUAUUGCUUUUCUGAGUGCUUGGCAGAGUUAACAUAAAUCCCCAGAGUGUAAACACUUUGACUGUUAAGACUGUUGUGCCCUGAGCUUCGAACAAAAAAAAGAAAAAAAAAGAAACAAAAAAAGUCUGCAAGUUUAUAUGUUUCGUCCAAGAAAUGAGAUUGUUUGUGAGCAGGCAGGUGAGAGCCCUCGUGAAGCCCUAACAUGUUCUUUAGAACAACACUAGGGGUCGCUGUAAUCACACAACAGACAAUCGUGCUGAGAAGCCGUUCUAAGAACUUGCAUCCGCCCCUGAAAAAGAGAUAUAUGCUCCUGUACAAUGACGUUUAGAAGUCUCACUCACUUUCCAGUGUUAAUUUGUGCUGGUGACAGUCUGUUUUUAAUUGUUCUCUGACAAUUGAUAUUAUUGUUAUUAUUAUUAUCAUCAUUACCACAGCCACACUGAUAGUAGCUGUCAUGAUGAUAUAGAGUUCUGCAUUUUCUUUUUUUGUUGUUGUUUUUGUUUUUUUUGUUGUUGUUUUUUUGUGUAGGUUAGACCUCUUGUUUUCUUUGGAAUUUUAUUUUAUUAUAUAAGAAUAUUCUAUAAAUAUAUUUUUGUUUUCAUUUUUUGGGAUUUUUCUUUCUUCUGCAACAAGGGUGUUACUAAUGUUGCAUGAUUUUUAUGACAUGUAACAAGCAACACACGAGUAGUGAUAUUAGUUUCCACGUGUGGCUGUGGAUGGAAUCGCUGAUUGAGUCGACAAAUCGCUUCAAUGCUGCAAAACUUUGAGUCCAAUGUACAAACCUCUGAGUCUAAAGGGGGUGGGGCAGCGUGACACGUCUAACUUAUUUCUGACCAGACACAAUUAUGUCAAUGCAUGGGCGUUUCAAAACAACAGAAGUGUGAAUCAUGUUAUAGGAAAUAAAAUGUAAUAUUGACACAAAAACACAUCACACAGGAUUACAUUUAAAAAAAAAAAAAAAAAGUGAAAUCAAAGAAAAAAAAGUUUAAAUAAAUUAUAGCUAAUAUAUUGUGUUCGGCUAGUCUGCUUUUUUGUUGUAAAGAUAAUUUUGUUUUUGUUUUUGGAGAAUGAUAUACAAUUUGUGUAUAUUUUCAUAAAUAAAGUAUGCACUGAUAUGUUAUUACAAAUUCUAUACUGCUUUUACAAAAAAAAGUGUUUGUUAUUGUACCAAAGUAUCCAUUGGUCCCCUCUUACCCUCCCCUUUUUGCGUAUGUUUUACCGUAUUUUAUAUAUUAAAUAGACAAGUUGACCUACAGAAAAAAGAUUGAGUUUGUGUAACUUAUUUGGACUCCUUUUUUUUUUCGUCUGAUUUGAUCUGGACGCAUCAUGGUGUUGCCACCACUAGAGGGCACCAGAGUGUUUGGUAUUGGUGUUUGUCUCCAGUUUUCAGAGGCUUAAAAGUAAUAGGACAGACCAAUAUGAUUUUAAAUAUAUGGAGUGAUUUUAACACUUGGAUGAAACGUCUUUGUUAUCAGUGACUGAUUAAGUGUAGAU